AUGCAAAAGCAUUGUAUAAAAUUAAAAUGCAAUAAACAAAAUUAUUUUUCUACUACUGAAUAUGGAUUCAAAUUAUUUCCCACAUUUCCCAGUAAAAUUAAUAAAUUAAUGGUCAAAUUAAAUUACUCAUCACUUCACAUAUAUGAAAACAAGAGUGAUAAAAUAUGUAAAGAUUUUUUUUUUGAAAAAUUAAAAAAAACAUGGCCAAAAAAAAAUUACUCAACUAAAAAUCAUAUCUGUGAUUCUGAUAUUUUAAUAGACCUUGAUCAUUCUGCAAAUAAUAAAAUAUAUGUUAAAGAAAAUAUAUAUGAUAUAAUAGAACCCUUAUGUAAAAAUAAGAAAGUUGAAGAAAUAUCUGCUAAUGUAAUAUUUUUUGUUUUAAAAUUUUUGAAUACUAAGAAUGUUGCAACAGUAGACGAAUAUAAAGAUAAUAUUAAAAGGAUAUAUUUUAACUUGAUUAAAUGUUAUCACAAGAUUUUUAAAAGUACAAAUGAAAAUGGAGAGUUUAUUUUUUGCAUUUUUAAUGAUGAUAUAAUAAAAUCCGUAAGUCCUUCAUUAAAAAAGAGUAAAAAAACUGUUAUACAUGAUAUGGUAUUAAAUAGUUUAGAAUUUUAUUUUAAAAAUAACAUAAAUAACAUGAAUAGAUUAAAUAUUAAUUUACUAUGUGAAAUUAUUAAAUAUAAAAAUUUUUUCUAUGUACUAAAUAACAUAAAUUAUGAUAAAAAUCAAUUAAAAGAAAAAUUGAAUGUAAAAAAUAUAGACUACUUAUUUCAUGAAUUUCUCAAUGAUAAAAUAUAUUUCUCUAAUGCUGUUGAAUUAGCAUCUUUAUUUUAUUCAGAAAAAAUGAGUAUUACUAAACCUUUUAAAAAAGAUUCUACAUUUAAUUGUUUAAUUUUACUAAAAAAUAUUUUAAAUAUUCAAUCAAAAAAUUUGCUUUUCUUAUUUUUGAAUUCAUUAAAAUAUAAUUGCUUGAAAAAAGAAAUUUUCCUUUUUUUAUUAUCUGCUGAUUCAUUAACAGGAUUUCCAUCAAAUUACUGGGGAUAUUUAGCUACAAGGGAAUAUUUACUUUUGUAUAAUUCAGAAGUUAGAAAAAUAGAUGGUGUAAAAAAAAUAGAAAUAAAUGAUGAGACAAAGAAAGGGGAAAACUAUGAAUAUAGUAAUAAUAUAAAUAAUGAAUAUUAUAAUUUACCUUAUAAUAUGAAAAAUAUAUUACUUUUGAGGAAUAUUAAUGAAUUUAAAAAAUUAAUGAUAUCCCUGAAAAAUGAGCAACAAAAACAUUGGGAAGAAAAAAUUUAUAAUAUUGAAGAUACAUAUAAUAUAGAAUCACAUGGCAAUAUAAUCACUAUACAAGAUAUUAAUGAUAAUUUAAAAAAAAAAAAAAAGAGAUAUUUUGUUGCUAUAGAUUUAGAAUGGUAUAAAAAUCAACAAGUGAGCAUAAUUUCAAUUUCAACAAAUAAACAAAUAUAUAUAGUUGAUUUAUUAAAUAUUGAUUAUAAUUUUAAAUUAUUAACAUAUUCUUUUUUUAAGUGGCUAUUAGAAAAUCCAUUCAUAUACAAAUUAUUUUACAAUUUUUCUUCUGAUAUGCAGAAAAUAUCUUCAUUUUUUCAAAAUAUUUCUCAUUUAAAUUCAUUUGUGAAUGUGAUAGAUCUAAAAGACCCAUUGUACAUAAACACAAAAAGUGAUAAAAAUAUCAAUUGUGAUUAUAAUGUUUUUAAUUUUGAGUUAUUUAAUAGAGAUAUUAUUGAAAAAAAUGAUACUGAUUUAUUUAAAAAAGUAAUAAAUAGUAAUCUUUACGAUUUAAAUAAUAAAAUAAAAAAUAAUUGCAAUAAAUUUGAAAAUACCAUUAUUUUUCAUGAAAAAAUUAAUAAAAUACAUUUUAAAAGUCUUAAUGAUAUGUGUCAAAAUUUUUUAAAAAGAAAAUUAAAUAAACAAUUGCAAUUAUCUGAUUGGAGAAAAAGGCCACUAACAGAAGAUCAAAUAAAUUAUGCAUCUAUUGAUUCAUAUAAUCUCAUAGAAAUAGAAGAAAAAUUAACAGAAUAUAAUUAUUCUUCUACAUGUUUAUCUAAUAAUAAUAAUUUAAUCAAUAUAUUUAUACAAAAAUAUAAAAUGAAAAAUUGCAUUUGGGAAUGA